AUGGAUACUCUACUCACUGCAGAGAUCGUGGCCAGCUCGCCUCAAUUCCGGCGUAAAUCCUCAAUCUUCGUGGACGCCAUCCAUGAUUUGCCUGAAAAAGCCGAUCUGGCCCCGGCUCAGCUCUACAGCACAGAGUCCGGUCGGCUUUUCCAUUCGGGCCGGAUCGUCAUUAUCACCGUGGGGUUGCCCGCAAGAGGCAAAACUCAUAUUUCGGUUGCUUUGGCUCGAUACCUCCGAUGGCUCGGGGUAAAAACCAGAAUCUUCCACUUGGGUGAUUAUCGACGAGCUACUAUUCCAACUGGCGAGGAUAUGCCCGAUGAUUAUUUCUAUGUUAAUGCAACCGCUUCAUCUGUACUUCUCCGCCAAAAGAUCGUUCGGAAAUGUCGAGAAGAUAUCUACCAUUUCCUGAACCAUGAAAAUGGUCAGAUUGCGAUUUAUGAUGCCGUGAAUCCCCUAGCCUCUGGUCGGCGGUCUCUCGCAAAGGAGUUUGGUAAACAUGACAUUGAGACUCUGUUCAUUGAAUCUUGGUGUGAUGAUGAAAGAAUCAUCGAAGCGAAUGUUCGCAGUGUUAAGAUCUCAUCUCCAGAUUAUGUUUCCUGGAAGCCAGAGGAUGCAGUCAAGCACUACCUCAAUCGAAUUUCCGCUCGAAUCCCGCAGUUCCAGACCAUGGAAGAAAAGGAUUUGAAUUACAUUAAGAUGAUCAACGCAGGGGAGCGAUUGAUAGUCAAUAACCGAAGCUUUGGCUACCUUUCUAACCGUAUCGUCUUCUACCUCCUGAAUCUUCACAUCAAAUCUAGACGAACAUACUUUGCACGAGCCGGUGUCUCCUUGGAUGCGGCUUCCUACAAAGCCGAUGCAUCUCUUUCCGAGCAAGGCGAAGAUUACGCCCAAAAGAUGACUGAAUGCCUGAUGGCUCAUCGAGAGGCCGAGAAAGAGAUGAUGGUCGCACGGGGAGAUAUCAACUACGAACCGCGGCCUCUGAAGGUCUGGACAUCGACCAGACGUCGAACUGUAGAGACUGCGAAGUAUCUCCACGAAAAGGGGUACACCGUACGCCAGCGCUCUCAAAUGAGUCAACUCAACCCAGGAGUUUGUGAAAAGAUGUCGGAGAGACGCAUUCGAGCUGAAUUCCCAGAUGAGGUUGCCAAGCACGAAUUAGACCCUUACCACCACCGCUAUCCGCGUGCCGAGUCUUACCAUGAUCUGGCUGUGCGCCUGGAGCCGAUUAUUCUCGAAUUGGAGCGAGAACAGAACGAUCUGCUCAUCAUUGCCCACGAAAGUGUUCUGAGGGUCUUAUAUGGGUAUCUCAUGGCUUGCAAUGCCGCGGAUAUUCCUUUCUUGGAAUUCCCCCGCGACGAAAUCAUCGAGAUUAUUCCGGAGAGCUACCAAAACGAGGCCCAGCGAAUCCACAUCCCCAACCUUCCAGAAGAAAUCAUUCCUGCUUCACCCGAAGACCUGAAGAUCCCGGUUCCUCCAAGCGGAUUUGUUUCUCCUAUCCAGGGAUUGGGCAGUCCUGCAGAUGGUCUGGCAACGCCUCAGAGUGGACUCCGUACUCCUCGUGAACCUGAGAGAAUCUCCCAGCAGCACGUUGAAGAUGUUGUCUAG